AUGGCCCUUGUUGAUUGGAAGUGGGACCCAAUUGAAGGAAUUGGAGAUGCGGAAGGGAGAAGGGAUGAUUUGUACAAAGAACUCCUGAGGGAUGAGGCAGUAGCAAGGCUUUAUGAGCUUGGGAAGUAUGAGAAAACUAAGAUCAUCUUGGCCUCUUCAGUGCCUAAUCACAUCACUGAUACCAACACCUUUCAUGCAAAUGUAAGUGAUGCAGGUGGUUAUCUGGAAAGAACAUUCAUGAGUCCAGCAUCCAUAAGGGCGGGAAAUCUUAUUCGUGGAUGGAUGGAGGAUGCUGGUUUGCGAACGUGGGUGGACUGCAUGGGCAAUGUGCAUGGUCGGUUUGAGGGAAAGAAUGCAAGUGCCCGCACUUUAUUAAUUGGCUCUCACUUGGAUACUGUUGUUGAUGCUGGAAUGUUUGACGGAUCAUUAGGUAUAAUAUCAGCAGUAUCUGCAGUAAAAGCUUUGAAAAGCAAUGAGAAGUUGGGAGAACUAAGACGGCCAGUUGAGGACGGGAAGAAGGAAGUUAAAUUUGCCGGUAGGCUCCACAUGAGAGUUUCUCUUGAUGGUGGGUAUCAUGUUUUUGAUGAAUCAAUUCACUAUAUCAGUGACUACAGGGCUUCAGCUAAGCUGUUAUGGACACCUACAAUUGGAGUCCUGGAAUUGGGGAUUCUAAACGCCAAUGGAUUGCUUCCGAUGAAGUCGAGAGAUGGGCGUGGAACAACAGACGCAUAUUGUGUGGCCAAAUAUGGGCAUAAGUGGAUUAGAACAAGAACAAUUGUAGAUAGUUUUGCUCCACAAUGGAAUGAGCAAUACACUUGGGAAGUUUAUGAUCCUUAUACAGUUAUUACAAUUGGAGUUUUUGACAACUGCCAUCUACAAGGUGGGGGUAAUCCUGCUACAACAAAGGACCCAAGAAUUGGCAAGGUCAGGAUUCGCUUGUCUACACUAGAAACUGACAGGAUUUACACACAUUCUUAUCCACUAAUUGUCUUACAACCAAAUGGAGUGAAGAAGAUGGGAGAAAUUCAACUGGCUGUGAGAUUUACUUGCUCAUCAAUGUUUGACAUGCUUCAAGCAUAUAUGCAGCCUUUGUUGCCCACAAUGCAUUAUGUUCAGCCAUUGUCUGUGUAUCAGCUUGAUAGUUUAAGGCACCAGGCGACUCACAUUGUGUCUCUGCAACUGGCCAGAAACGAGCCGCCCUUGAGGAAAGAAGUUGUUGAGUACAUGCUUGACGUGGGUUCCCAUAUGUGGAGCCUGAGAAGAGGCAGAACAAAUUUUGAAAGACUCUUGACAUUCUUCAAAGGAAUUGUUGGGGCGUGGAAAUGGUUUGAUAAGAUAAGAAAAUGGAAAAGUCCUGUUGCAACAAUUUUGACUCAUGUCUUGUUCCUUCUUCUAGUAUUUUUCCCUCAUAGAGUGCUGCCUGUUGUGUUUCUAUGGUGUUUCGUGGUUGGAAUUGUAGGUUACCGGAGAAGGCCGAGGCAUCCUCCACAGAUCGAUAUCAAAAUGUCUAAUGCUGAGUCAGUGCAGGGUGAUGAACUUGAUGAAGAGUUUGAUACAUUUCCAUCUUCUAAAAAAGGUGAUGUUCUCAGAAUGAGAUACGAUCGGUUAAGAGGCAUUGCAGGGAGGAUGAUGACAGUUCUUGGAGACUUGGCAACGCAAGGGGAGCGAGUUCAGUCUCUGCUAAGCUGGCGUGAUCCAAGAGCUACUUCAGUGUUCAUUAUCUUCAGCUUAGUUGCUUGUAUUUUGCUUUCUCUCAUCCCAUUAAGAACUUUAAUAAUUGCUCAUGGAUUUUAUGCAAUGAGGCAUCCAAGGUUGCGUAUUGAUAUUCCUUCGAUACCCAAAAACUUCUUCAGGAGAUUGCCUACAAGAGCUGAUAGCAUGUUGUGA